AUGUCCGGCUCUGACGACAAGGGAGACUCCACCCUCCCGCUUGCCGGGGCCGAUGCUCGCGAAACCUCCGCUUCGGAGAAUGAAGUGGUGAACGAUGUGGAGAUGGACUUGGUUCCGACAGAAAAGGACGACAGCCAGACCCGUUCCGACCACCCGGAUUCGAUGGAAACCACCACCACCUCGGGCGACGACAACGUAACCAACUCGGCGUCGGACAGUGUGUAUCCCACUCCUUCCAGCAUGUCCACCUAUACCGCCCCCACAGAGACCCGGGCCCAUUCUAAAGCAGAGGCCGGCGUUGCGUCAGCUGAUCGACCCUCUUACGAUGACCAGGUCGCACAGGUGACCCAGUUUAUGAUGCAGCCCAUGAAGGAAAAACAAAAGGGAUAUGUGGUGUCGAAUUCGUGGCUGAAGCGAGUGUACUCGCGGAGUGCUACGCAUGCCGACAAGGCCGACAAGACGGCGAUGGAGGGAGACAUCGGUCCCGUCGAUAACUCGGAUAUUGUCCUGGUCACCGACCCGGCCAACACGGGCUUCAAGGACGAGGAGGGCGAACCCUUUGUUCCUUUGAGGCCUGGCUUGGAGCUCGGCGAAGAUUUUGAGAUCAUCCCUCAGGGAGGCUGGGACCUGAUCAUGCAGUGGUAUGGUUUGGCAGAACAGUCCCCGGCCAUCGUCCGUUACGUUCACAACACCGCCGCCGUAGGCGACCAGGAGAACCUGCAAUACGAAAUCAACCCUCCGAUCUUCACGAUCUUGAAGCUCACGAACCCGUCUGCCGGCACUUCCAUCAAGACAAUGAAGGAGAAGACGAUGGCUCCCGUGAGAACCCUGGCCAGUCGGCACACCAACUUCCAGAAGUGGCUGAAGAACGCCAAAGAACUGGCUCACAUCGACAUGUCGACAAAGGUUCGCGUUUGGAGGAUUCUGGGUGGUCUCGGUAGUGCCACGGCAUCCGCAGCAGCCACCCCAGCCGCAUCCCGCAGUGCUUCUCCAGCCCCGUCCGCCUCCCUCAUCGCCAACGCGGGAAGUAACCUCGUUCUCGACCUGAACACCUUCCUUUCCCUGUCUGAGGGGUCGCAGCGUGAGGUACUCGAUGAGCCGAAGGACCAGACGAACAAUCCCAACUACAAUGGUAAAAUGACUCUGGGCGUUGCGGGUCUCAACAGCAGCGAAAUCAUCGUGUUGGAGGAGAAGCUCCCUGGAACCAGCGGAGACUGGGUGUCGGAAGCCUCCAAGCAGACACUCAACCGUCUGGGGGUGCCAUCCGGUACCCUGAAGAACGGAGCUCCGGCAAAGGUGAAGAGCAAGAGUCCUGCUACCAGCGGGCGAUCAUCCCCGGUUUCAGAGCCCAUCAGGGGACGACGCAAGGACGGGAAACCCCGCGGCUGCACUGGUCUGAGCAACCUUGGGAACACCUGUUACAUGAACUCGGCCCUGCAGUGCGUACGCAGCGUGGAGGAAUUGACCUACUAUUUCUUGAAUGACGUUUACAAGAAGGAUCUCAACCCCAGCAAUCCUUUGGCUCACAACGGUGAUGUGGCUAAAGCAUAUGCGAACAUGUUGCGUCAGAUGUACGAUGAGGCAGGUCAAUCUUCGUUUGCGCCCCGUCAAUUGAAGCACACCAUCGGCCGUUAUGGACCGGCCUUCUCCGGUUACGGACAGCAGGAUUCCCAGGAAUUCCUUCUGUUCCUUCUGGACGGUCUCCAGGAGGAUCUCAACCGUAUCAUGAAAAAACCCUACAUUGAAAAGCCGGACUCGACGGACGAGAUGGUGCAUAACAAGGAGGCUCUCGCGGAGUUUGCGGACAAGUGCUGGGACAUCUACAAAGCCCGCAACGAUUCUGUCAUUACCGACCUCUUUGCUGGUAUGUACAAGUCGACGCUGGUCUGCCCUGCUUGCGACAAGGUCAGCAUCAUUUUCGACCCUUUCAACAACCUGACCCUUCAACUUCCAAUCGAGAACCUCUGGGGCAAGGAGAUUUUCUACUUCCCCUUGAACAAGAAGCCGGUCCUUGUCGAUGUCGAAAUCGACAAGAACGCCAGUGUCAAGGCGCUGAAGGAGCAGGUCGCAAAGAAAAUGGGAACCGACCCUGAGCGCCUCGUGAUGGCCGAGAUCUACAAGAACAAGUUCUACAAGAUGUUCGACAACACGAGCUCGAUUGCUGAGUGCCAGAUCAGCGGCAACGACGACAUUGGUAUCUACGAGGUCGAGUCGGUACCUACGAACUACAACCCCGACAAGCCCCAGAAGAGCUACUUCUCCUUCAGCCGCUCGGAUCAUGAGGAGAUCCCCAGUCUGGACUCGCCUCGCUCCGACCGCUUGCUCGUCCCCAUCUUCAACCGAGUUGAGAAGAAACGGGGAAACAACCCUAAGAAUGCGCAGCGGUCGCUCUUCGGAGUUCCGUCGUAUGUGGUCAUCAACCGGGAGGAGUUUGGGGACUAUGAUACGAUCUUCCGCAAAGUCCUGUCGCAGGUCGCCUCGAUGACCACCCGUGACUUCCUGAAUGAGGAGAACACGACAGAGACCGCGUCCGUGGACGGCGAGGACGGCAUGGUCGAUGUCUCGAUGCGUGACGCAGAUGACAGUUCAAGCGAUGCUCCAGCCCGCUCCGAAAACGCUAUUCCCCCGAAUGUGCGCGGUCUUUUUGAGAUGAAGAUCAUCAAGUCGAGCAGCGAGGUUGUUCCCACUGGAUGGUCCACCGUGGAUGACCACAAGGAGUACCCCAAGAUGUCGUUCAGAAUCAAGACACCGGUGAAGAAGCAGAAACAGUCUGUGGACAGCACAAAUGGCACGGAGCAGAAGGAUGACGAGUCCGGAGAUAAGAGCUCUGACAGUGCCAGUGGUGAAUCGGCUCCUAAGCCCAAGGCUCAGGACCGGCCGAUGAUCCGCCCCGGUGAGGGUAUUGUAGUGGAUUGGACGGAGCAAGCUCACGACGCUCUCUUCGCCGGAAGCAGUCGAGACAAGAACUCCCUUCGUGGUGCGCCCACAUGGACGGACGUCGAACGUGUGCCUGACCCGGAGCUGAGCAAGCGCCGUACUCUGCGCCAGAACCGGAAGAAGCGGGGCGUGACGCUCUACGAGUGUCUGGAUGAGUUCAACAAGGAGGAGGUUCUUUCCGAGAACGAUGCUUGGUACUGCCCCCGCUGCAAGGAGCACCGUCGGGCCAGCAAGAAGUUCGAAUUGUGGAAGACCCCGGACAUUCUGGUCAUGCACCUCAAGAGGUUCAGCGCCAGCCGCGGAUUCCGCGACAAGCUGGAUGUCCUGGUCGACUUCCCUGUGGAAGGACUCGACAUGACCGGCAGAGUUGAGUCGCCUGAAGAGGGCAAGAGUCAGAUCUACGACCUCUUCGCUGUCGACAAUCACUAUGGAGGCCUUGGUGGCGGACACUACACAGCGUACGCCAAGAACUUCUUUACCGGGCAGUGGAACGAGUACAACGAUUCUUCCGUCUCGCGACCAAUUGAUCCGCAGAGUGUGGUCACCUCGUCGGCGUAUCUGCUGUUCUACCGGCGCCGGUCCGACCGGCCACUGGGCGGCAAGGUGCUGGAGGAGAUUACGGAAGCGUCGACACGGCCGAACAGCGACGUGGACUCGCAGUCCGAGUCUCGCGGACAGUCGCCGUCGGGGGAAGGCCGGCGUCUCGGCGGCUCCUCCCGCAAUGGGUCGUCGAGCGCCUUAACCGGAGUCGGAGCAGCUCACCAAUCGGGAGAUGGUGGUUUGCCAACUGGAACCCAAACGAAGAGCGGGGAUGAUGACUGGCCACCGGGCUACACCAACGUCCCGUCAUUUGGCGAGCAGAGCCUAGAUCGCGCGACGCAAUCGGAAGGUAUGAAUUUCGAAGAUGAGGAGAUUGGCGGGGGCACGCAGCCCAGCCCGUUCCGCCCUCAGGACGACACACCCUCGUGGUCGUUCAGUCGCGCCACAGAUGCUCACGGCCCUUCACAGAUGACCACAGUUCCAACUGACGACGAGGAUCUACUCGACGAUGACGCGAGCAACCGGGCGGUAGACGACGGCGACGUCAGCGACCCGGACCUUCGGAUGGCCUCUUUGAUGGACAGUCCACGCGGGGCCGCCUAUCCAGGUACCCCGAUGGAGGAGACGUCAUUCCCGGACAUUUCGGCAUUCGCAGCGGACGGCGACGAUGAUGAGGAGGAUGAGUUGCCGGUGGUAGAACUCCAAGUGCAUGAUGAGGACCAGACACUGCCGUAG